AUGGCUUCCGUUGCUGCUUUUCUCGCUGUCGCCACCUUGGGUCACGCAGCGACCAUCACCACCACAGAACCUGCUUUGGCUGCGAUUGAGCAAGCUCGGGCCACAACGGUGCCUCAAACCUGGACGUCAAAUGUGACGGGAAAAGUUUUCGAUCGCUUUUACCAGAUCUGGCUGGAGAACGUGGACUUUGGGGCUGCAGCCGAGAAUGACGAUCAAGAGUGGCUUGCAAGCAAGGGUAUCGCUUUGAUCAACUACUACGGCGUUGGUCAUACCUCUCAGCCUAAUUAUGUGGGUGCCGUGAGUGGUGAUAACUACGGAAUGGAUAAUGACCUCUUCCAUGAUAUCCCAUUAAAUGUCUCGACGAUCGCCGAUCUUUUAAAUCCCAAGGGAAUCUCAUGGGGAGAAUACCAGGAACACAUGCCCUACGCAGGUUACCAGGGCUACAAUUACUCAAACCAGGAAACCUAUGCCAAUGACUACAUGCGCAAGCACAACCCAUUGGUUUCCUUCGAUCAGAUCUCCAGCAAUGACACAGCUCUGCGUCUGAUCAAGAACUUUACCUCAUUCUAUGACGACUUGGAAAAGAAGCAGCUACCCCAAUGGGCCUUCAUCACACCAAACAUGACAAAUGACGCCCAUGAUACCAAUGUCACGUUUGGCUCACACUGGCUUCGAGGUUUCGUGACCAACCUGAUGAACAAUACCUACUUGUGGGAUAAUACACUGCUGCUGUUGACAUUCGAUGAGACCGAGACCUACUAUGUCCCCGAGGCCGACAUCUACGAUAAACGUAAUCGUGUAUUCAGCAUUCUGAUGGGUGGUGCGGUACCGAAAGACAAAAUUGGCACAAAGGAUUUCACUGUCUAUACCCAUUAUUCCACCCUUGCCUCGGUUCAGGCAAACUGGGGCUUGCCCUCUUUGGGUCGCUGGGACUGUGGCGCCAAUCUGUUCCAGCUGGUAGCUGAUAAGGUCAACUACACGAACUGGGAAGUGAAUUCAAAUAUGCUCUGGUUGAACGAGUCGCUCCCUGGUCCCCUCGAGGACUGGGGCUACUCCAAAUACCGUUCUAAUUGGCCUGUGCCGACAACUAAUGAUACAUGUUCAUCUGGCAACGGUAUCUUGCAGUCUGUCAUCGACACUUACAAAGGCCGUGCACCAACUUACAACUAUACUUCUCCCUUCCCAUAUGAUACUGCCUAUGGUCUGGAUACUGGUGUGGCGUACACCCGGAAUGGAGAAGUCUACGUUUCUGGUGUGAACUCUACUGGCACUGUGGGCUAUGACUACAACACAAACUCAACCUCAACCUCCAACUCUAGCUCCACCUCAGCGUCAGCAAGCGCUGGAGCAGCUUCUGGGCCCAUCAUUCCAGCUACUAGUAUCCUGGGUCUCUUUUUCGGAGCUCUUCUGGCGCUUUAG